AUGUCGAACGAUGACGACAUCAUGAACAUGGGCGCGUGGGCAAUUGAGAAUGGGGCGUUUCUCUACAUCAAGAGGCCAACGAAGCCCGAAAUGCUAAGAUACCUAUGGCAGCACGUGGCGAGGGAGACCAGGCGCGUGCUGACGAGAGAGAGUGAAAGGCCGAUGGCAGCCAGCUAUGCCACGCCUCAAUGUGGCGUUGGGUUUGGGGAAAUUGAAAACCCUAGCAACUUGUUCGCCAUUGAUAAAGGGAAGAAUAAAAUGAACUAUUACUAUAACGAAAAAUAUGUUGAAAAGGAGUACAACUUCGAUAAUAAUAUGAAGAGAAAGAUAUGUAUCCGUUGGACUGAUGAGCUACACCAGAAAUUUGUUGAUGCUGUAGAACAACUAGGGAAGGGAAAUAUCUAUCCAAAGGAGAUAUUGGAGAAGAUGAAUGUGUCUAGACUAGCAAAUUAA